CGCGAGGCGAUCGCCGAAAUCCCUACGGAACGAGCUCGCCCGUUGGGCACCGGGCUCGGCCGAUGACUCGUGAUGGAGAUUGCAAAUGUUUCUUUAUCGGACAGAUUGAGUACAAAAGUCAAUGAGUGAUUGUUAACGUUGCGUGUGGAAAGUGUGGGAUUUGCGGGCACGGGACGAUGACACGGGGAUUUUGCGGAAUCGAGAGUCUUCAACAAAUAUAAUUAGGAAUAAAAAGGGGCGGAGACGAAUGGAGAAAAUCGAAUCUCGGAACGACGGUCGCGAUUACCGGUCCCAGCAUCCCAGAUGGCGCGGGCGUCUUUAUCUCACGCGUCGAAAAGAUUCGAAGUUUACUAUCUCAUGCGGGUAGACCAAACCGACGAAAACGAUUAAUUAACUCGUUCGUUGUGUCCUCGAGAUAUUGUUUGACAGGUUUGACAGAUAGUUCUCCAAAAUACAGUUAUCAGCUGGUGGAGCCGAGGAUCUAUCCGUAAUCGAAUUAUUAUUCCAAAUGCCAUGCCCAACUUGAUUCCCUUGAACCUUUUUAAUUGCUACGGUUCUGUAUUCGCGGUAAUUCGGUGAGCAAAAAGUCGCUGCUAAAAAAUUCCACGAGACUCGUAACAGCGAUAAAUAUCCGGGAUUAACUUCCGACAUGUCAGCGUCCGAGACGGUGGUAAUAUUUGCGAAGCUGGAAGCUUUGAAAGACAUCAGGUCGAAAACUCUUCAGUUGGAGAAAUUGAAACAAAGAAUAUUGCAAGAGGUGGAACAGACUGAACAGGAGGAGAAAUGUUUGUUAGAGUAUAAGCAGGAAAUGGAUCUGCUAAUGCAGGAGAAAAUGGCACAUGUAGAGGAGCUACGUCAGAUACAUGCAGAUAUAAAUGCAAUGGAAUCUGUAAUUAAACAAGCAGAAGAAGCUCGCAAUAGAGCAAGGGAAACUGCAAAAUUGAUCCACAAUAAUGACUAUCAGCCAUUAAAGCAUGAUAUUGACCGUAUGCGGAGAGAAUUCUUGGGCUUGGAAAGGUUACCAGAGCUAUAUGAGACAGAGUCAGAUCUUAUUUCACCUGAACGAUUUGUUCAUAGCUACUUUGAGCGUCCGAUGCAGAAAGCAGAAUGGAGAGUAGAGGUACGAGGUGAUGAUUUAUUACCAUCACUUGGAUUACACCAUCCUGGACAUCCAGGUGGUUCUACACCUUUCCUUGCUCCACAACCGCUUCAAGGACCUAGCAAACCAGAACCCAGACCACUGCCACCAGCUCCAGGGCCCCCAGCUCCAACAUUCAGGUACCACUGGCAACAACCACCACCUAUGAAAUCCUGCCUUUCAUGCCAUCAACAAAUUCAUAGGAAUGCACCAAUUUGUCCACUGUGUAAAGCAAAGUCACGCUCGCGUAAUCCUAAGAAACCAAAGAAAAAAGAUUAAUUGUAAUUAGAAGUAUUAUUUAUAUAUGAAUGGAUCUGCAUUUCUACAGUUCAUAUAUGAUGUAAGAGGACACAUAUUAAUCAUUUUUGUAAUCCAUAACAACUAUGCACUUUUAUCGUAUCAUUAGCAUUUAUGUCAGUAUAAGUAAUAGCACAACAUCCAUGAGAAUCUAUAUGUUUAUAUAAUAAGUCAAUUUUUUGACAAUGCAGCAUUUUUUAGGUUUUAAAAUUUGAUUAUAUUCGUGUUAAGGAUAUAUAAGACCAUGUAUGAAUUUAUAUAACCA